CCUCUCAAUAUAUCGUUCGGCACGUGUUGCCGCUGAGCCCGAAACACAAACACAUUUCUCCUUUAUUGUUUUGUCUUAAUUAAAGUUGAUAUGGUUCAAGUUGACAACACUCCGGCAGGUGGAGAAACUGGCCCACGUCUCAGCAAGCCAAAAUCAUCUGAUAACGGAAACGUAAACACAAAAACGGAUUGGACUCAGUUCAAGUUGGAUAAAAAGCAGCUCAAAUUGCAGCGCAAACGCAGCCGUGAAACCUUCGAAAUCACCCAGAAGGUGAAGCAACUCUAUGAACUGCUUAAAUGUCGUCGCUCCAAAGAUAAACACCUAUUGGUAGAGCAAAUGUAUAAAAUACUGAAUAUCGACAACAUGAUUGUAAAGGUAGUCGUGGCUCACGAUUCCUCCCGAGUGAUUCAGUGCAUGCUGAAGCAUGCGACACCAGAAUUGCGUGAGGAGUUGUCUUCAAAAUUAAUACCGCACGCCCCGGAGCUGUGCCAGUCAAAAUAUGCACACUUUUGUGUCAAUCGAAUGCUAAAGUACGGUUCGCCAAAUACCAAGAAGCUUUUGGUUAAUGCCAUGUAUGGUAAUAUGGUCCGUCUAUGUGGUCAUAAAAUCGCUGGCAAGAUCGUGGAUUACAUAUACUUGAAUGGGGAUUCAAAAGAGCGUCGCUAUAUGCGCCAAGAAUUCUAUGGCGAUCUAUAUAAAUCGGUUAAGGAUGACAAGGUGAAGUGCCUGAAAGACUCAUUUAAGAGUUCACCUGAUAUGAAAGCCUCCAUAAUUAACGCUGUAAAAGCCAAUCUGGAUCAUAUUGCCAAUAAGGAGCUACUUGAUAACUCUUUGGUGCACGCCGUUUUGCUCGAGUACAUACAGGUCAUCGACAAGGAGAAAAUGGAGGAGACUGUCACCCCUUUGGCUGCUUAUAUACCGCAUAUGUUAAGCACUAAGGAUGGCGCCGAGGCGGCGAUUUUAUGUUUCUACAACUCUACUUCGAAAACUCGUCGAGCCAUCAUAAAAAAAAUCAAGGAACAUUUGCUAAAGAUCUCCAUGCACGAGCAUGGCCAUACCUUUCUGAUCGCUUUGCUAAACACCUUAGAUGACACGAAGGCGGCCAAGAAGUCUAUUUUUGAUCCCUUGUAUGGUGAACUGAAAACUUUGGUGUCGAAUAACUACGGACGUCGUGUUGUCCAGUGGAUGGUGGCCCCUGGAGAUACUUCCUGUUUCCAUCCCAGCUUCAUUGAGACCAUCGAAUUGGGCUUGAAGUUCGGCAAGAAGGACAAAGCAACGCGUCGUCAAGAGAUCUUGGAUCAGGUGGAAGCUCCUAUUUCGGUAGCUAUUGCAGAGGAUCCUGCUUUCUGGCUGUCUAACAAUCACAUUGGACUCGUCACUGCCAAUAUACUGAAGCAUCUUACUGGCGAGCAUUAUGAGAAAGCCGUCGCAGCUUUGGCUCCGGUGAUCGCUGAUGUCAAUUGGCGUAUUUCCGAGGAGUCCGCUGAGGGCGAUUCGCUGAAGAAGAAGCCGCACGAUGUGGAGACUUACAUAUCCAAUGCAAUUGAUGAGCGCAAGAAAAAAAAUGAAUUGAAAUCUGCGCUGAUUAGUUCGGAUGAGGAGUCCGAAGCCGAGGAGGAGGAGAAUGCCAACAACGAGGAGACGAUGAAGGAUGUGGACGAAACUGAGAUUGAUAACAAGGAUAAAGGCAAAAACAAUGAGGUGGCGGGCACUCCAGCCAAAAAGCCGAAAAUGGCAGAGAACUUGGACGCUGAAAAAGAGACUUUGACAGUCAAAAAGGAGACUCCGGCCAAGGAAGAGCAGUUAUUGCCAACUGUGAUAGGAAUUGAGGAUGCUGGCAUGCAUCAUGUAAUAAAGAAGAUCCUUCGUAGCGACCUAAAGCGCGAGUCAACUCCAUUUGGCAACCAGUUGUUCAAUCAUCUUAAUACCGAUGUGCUUAAAUUCUGGCUGGGUAUUAAUCGUGCUUGUUUCAUUCUCGUCAAGCUUGUGGAGAGUUCGCCGGAUUUGCUCAACAAAUGUCGCAUUUUGUUGAAGGAGGAUAAUCUGUCACAAAUUCUCGAGAAUGCUCAAUCAGCAGGAGCUAAAUUGUUGGUGAAAAAAUUAAAGGAAUAGAUAGAUAUAUGAUAAUAUAUUCAAUGGAAUAAUUUUAG